AAGACCAAAAGACGAAGGGAAGGCGUCAGCAUGGCCCAGAAAAACAAUUUUCAGUUCUCCAUCAGGGAAUAUAGACCUUCAGAUCAACAUGUGGUCAUGUCACUAUUUAAGGAUGGGAUUUUUGAGCAUGUUUACCCAGCCUUCUUCAAGGCCAUGAGCCAUCCAGACCAUAUUGGUGUUGCUCUGAGCAUUUCGAUGGCUGGUUAUGUGCUGGGAGGCAGCUCCUACUUCCAAGCUCUACUGUUUGGCAGUGCAUGGGCUGGCCUCAUUUAUUAUUGCUGCCAUGAUAUCUAUGAGGGCUACAUGAUGAGGAGGCAAAGCUCAGAUUUAGCUGACAUUCAGGCCAGCUACUUGGAAAACCCAGAUAACGGCUUCUGGGUAGCAGAGACGGACAUCAAUGGCCAAUCCGAGGUGGUAGGGAUGGUGGGAGUGACUGGAAAAAGGGGAGAGGAAGAAGGCGAAAGGUUUGAAGACUGGAAUGGCGGAGUGACGGGAGGAGGCUCUGAGCUGGCUCAAGAUGCUGGGGAUGGAAGUUAUGGGGAGAUGUGUCACAUGGUCGUGGCAUUUUCGUGGCGCCGCAAAAACUUGGGCUCGCAGUUGACACGGAAGGCUUUGGAUUUCUGCAAAGAGAGAGGCUUCGGCCGUCUCAUCCUGGAUGUGAGCUCUCCACAGACAGCAGCCAUUUCCCUGUUCGAGAAAGCCGGCUUUGUGCAAACCUCAUCCCAUCGCAACACGCACGCCAACCGCUUGUUCUCCAACCUCGCCAGAAUAAAUGUGAUGCGAAUGGAGAAGUUAAUUUAAAGAUAAAAUUUACUCUAGCGAGCAGCUAUUAGAACCUAAAA